CACGGGAUCAUUUCCCUUUUGGUGCCCUGGGCAGUGCACUAUAGCUAGUUAUUUGGGGUUUUGCACUGCUGAGAGAAGGCGGAGAAUCUCAUCUUUGUUUUUUAUUUCUUUUUCGGCCGAGGUUAAUAGCCCCCUUUGCUGAUAAAUAGCCCCAUGUAUAUGUGCGGUAGCAAACGCAUAUCGGCUAUCAGUAUAUAUGGUGGUCUUUUUGCCUGUUGCUAGUUCUAAUGCCUUCAUAAGAGCGAUCAGCUCUGCCUUUUGUGCAGAUGUCCCUUCCAGGAGACUAGAGGACCAGAUGACUUUUGUCCUGCUAACUACUGCUGCCCCAGCUCUCCGCUUACCGUCCUGGAGGAAGCUGCUGCCGUCCGUAAACCACACGACUUCAGGAUGGGGCAGUGGCUGAUCCUUUAGAUCCUGUCGUAUACUGGUCUCUUCUGCCAGUAUAUGUUGACAGUCAUGGAUGACAGGCUCUGAUGAUUCUUCAGAGUCGAGGAGCAAGGAGAUUGUGAAGCUCUGUGGGCUGGAGUACAGAAGAACAGUCAUAUACAUCUGCGCCAGCUCCAGGUGGAGAAGGCACCUGGAGGGGAUCCCUCAAGCUCAGCAAGGUGAGAAAAGAAACUACUUUCAACUCCCAAAUAGACAUGAGGCUUCUGAGGAAAACAUAGCCCAGGACCUGCCCAAAGUGGAUUCCUCAGGCGAGGAACAUGUUGGGGAUGGACAGAUACCCACGGAAAGGCGUUGGGAGUCAAAGAAACAUUUGGUGAUGUCAAGACAAGACUUAGAAACUUUGUGCUGCACGGAGGGCUGUUCCAUGACUGAUCUGAGCACACUUUGUUAAGGCAAAAGCAAAUUCUCGAUGGGUGGUGGAGCUUUAGCAUGCAUUUAAUCUCCUUGUUCUACUGCCUUGUAGGAUGCUAGUAUUCCAUCAUAGAACAUGGCUUUCAGUUGGCAGGUCUUUUCUAAAAGCUGUAUCUAGUGGUUAAAAAUACAGUGAGGCCUAUUUUCUCCCUUUGCCAAGGUGAAUGCACUUUUUUUCCAAUUCUAAAUAAUGCUUUGAAAUUUAAAAUACUGUGCAAAUUGAAAUAAAAAUGCCAUUAAACCAA